AAAAUAUUAAUAUAAUUUACAGAAAUUUAUGUCUGAGUCAGAGCAUUCAACAGCUCUUGUUCCUGCUAAAAUAUCGAACUUUAAAAUGCCUGAUUUCUCAGGUAGACAGGAAUACAUGAAGAAGCAAUAUGAAAAUUCCAUAAAAGGUACUAAGCUUAAUAUCAGAGAUCAUGUCAAUAAGGAGACGUCCAAGGCCAUCUACAGGAUAAGGGACCAAAUAAAUGAUGGUGAAAGAGAUGUCACAGAUGACCAGAAAGAUCUCAAGCCCAUCAACAUCAAGAUGCAUGCCAUCAAUAAAAAGAUUGAGCUUAAAAAGAAGAUAAAACAUAUGGGUAUUCAUGAAGCGGUACUCCGAAAAGAAGAGAUGGACGAAAAACUUCGAUUGAUCGAAGAAAAUGUUCAAUUACUUGGAGCUGAAGAGGCUCAGUCUGACUCUAAUGCCCAGCCAGAAGAUGAAGGAGAGGGAGAAGAAGGAGCUCUAGUAGUUGCAAAGAAAUCUAAAAAUAGGAACUCAAUGCAUGAAUUGCACUCUUUAGAGGAUAAAAUUGGAUUGCCAAUAUCAGAAAAGCAUGCAAGAAUCAUGCACUAUAAAGAUAAAAUGCAUAUGUCCAAAGAAGAGCUUUUAAAAUCUCAAAAAGAUGCUGAAGAGUUUGUCAACAAGAUGAAGGAGAGAGAAAAGCAGUUACAAGAAGAGAAACAAAAGAGAAGAGAUAAGGAAGCCUAUAAGACCAAAACUUUUCUAGACAGCGCAGCAUCCAAAAAGAAAAUGCUAGAAGAAAAGAAAAAGAAAAGAAUGCUCGACAAAAUCGAAGAGCACAAAGAAAAACUCAAGAAGGAACAAGAAGAGCGAGCAGAACGAGAAAGAAUCUGGAAGGAAUACAAAGCCAAAGAAAAAGUCUCUAAGCCAAUGUACAAAAAGAUCGAAGAGCGUUACAACCAUGACGUGCUCAUGCCUGAACUGGAGAAGAAGAAAAAGGACCUGAACAACAUCAGAAAGUUCCACAAGCCCCUGAAGAGAGAGGAGCUUGAUGAAUUCGAGAAAGAUUACCAGGAAAAAGUCAAGAUUGAGAGGGAAAAACAGAGGAUUAAGAGAGAAAAAUGGUACUCAGAUAUCGGAUACGGAGUUUAUGACGAGAACAGGUACAAGACUAAGUUUUACGAGAAAGCAAUCGCUGAAGGGAAGAUCAAAGCUGAACUUGAAAGAGAGAGCAGCUCCCAUAGGAAGCAUAAAGCUGAUAAAAUGAAUAAUUAUGCCAAAAUAGUUAAAGAAAUGCACUGGCCAACUGUAUCGCCAAGGAAGAAGAAGGAGCUUGAAGAACUGAAAGGUAAAAUGGGACAAAAGAAGAUGCCAAAGUUCAGGUCUCCUAGCAUGAAAGGCAGCAGGUACAAUAGUAGUGAGAGUCCAGAAAGAGAAAAGAUUCUUAGAAAGCCAGACUGGAAGAAGUUCCAUAACCCAAUGGUUCCAAAGCCUGAGACAAAAAGAGAAGGCUAUGCAGUGGACUGGCUUGCUGAUAGAAGAGCAAAAAGAGAUAAUCCUGACACUAAGAGUAAACUAAACCAUAGUCAUGCUUGGAAGGCAAUAGCAGAAAUGGAUAAUCUUGAUGAGACUGACAAAGCUCAACUGCUCAAGAGUAAGGCAAGGCUCCUUGAAGAAAAUGCUCAAAGAAAAGAGCAGAUGAAUAAACUUCAAGGUGCAACAAUGGAAGGAACUGUAGAGGUGAAUGAGAUGCUAAUAGACGCUAUAGAGUCAAAACUAUCUUUACUUGACAAUUAUAUGCAGUCCUAAUUAAGGAUUUUCUAUCA